CCUGUGAUCUAUCCACGACCUCUUCAACUAUCAAAAAAAAAAAAAAAAAAAAACUGCUCACACGUCACUGGUGAAGGUGGAUCAUAACAUGUGCCAAUACCUAUAAAGCUUGAGCGCGCGAGAUGCACUGAAGACACAUAGCUCACCCAAGAGAGACAGAUUCUGGAAGUUUCACUCGAUAUCUUCGGUAUGAUUUUACACUGAGAUAUCCGAAGAGCGCGUAAAGGGACCUUCUUGCGUGUUUCACAACUUUUGGAGGCGCUCCAUCACGGAGAACUCAUCAACAGCACGCAGCAGGCGCACGUGCAUUCUUUUCUUUUUUUCUUUUUGGCUUUGAUCAUCGUUGGAGAUGUUCGGGCACGAUAUCUGCCUCGUGUCCGCGUUGCUGGCUGCUGCCGGCGCCUUCUUACCGGUGCUGCUGUUGCUUGUGGUCUCGCGGCUGCUGUGGGAGUUCAGGUGGAGCAUCACCCGGGAUCGGACGUGUAAACUCCCACUUCCGCAGGGCUCCAUGGGCUGGCCGCUGGUCGGAGAAACUUUCCACUGGCUUUUCCAGGGAUCCAGCUUUCACAUCUCUAGACGAGAGAAACAUGGAAAUGUUUUUAAAACUCACCUUUUGGGCAAACCCCUCGUCCGAGUGACCGGUGCAGAAAACAUCCGUAAGAUUCUGCUGGGUGAACACACGCUGGUGUGCACACAGUGGCCCCAGAGCACACGCAUCAUCCUGGGGCCCAACACUCUAGUAAACUCAGUUGGUGACCUGCACAAGAGGAAAAGAAAAAUCCUUGCAAAAGUGUUUAGCCGUGGGGCGCUGGAGGCCUAUCUGACACGCCUUCAAGACGUCGUCAAGUCUGAAAUUGCCAAGUGGUGCACCGAGACCGCGUCUGUGGAUGUUUACGUCGCAGCCAAGUCACUCACCUUCCGCAUCGCGGUGCAAGUUCUGCUUGGUCUGCACCUGGAUGAGCAGCAAAUCGCUUAUCUCUCUAAAACCUUUGAACAGCUCAUGAACAACCUCUUUUCACUUCCUAUUGACAACCCCAUAAGCGGCCUGCGCAAGGGAAUCAGGGCCCGUGAGAUUCUGCACUCUGCCAUGGAGAAGAUCAUAGAGGAGAAGCUGAAAAAGCAGCAAGCCAGUGACUACUGCGACGCUUUUGACUAUAUGCUGAGUAGUGCAAAGGAAAAUGACUAUGAACUUACAAUGCAAGAACUCAAGGAAACAGCGGUAGAGUUAAUAUUUGCUGCCCACUCCACUACCGCCAGCGCAUCAACAUCCCUCAUCCUGCAGCUUCUGCGUCAUCCAGGCGUGAGCGGGAGUGCCAGAGCAGAGUUAGAGACGAGGGCUUGAUCAGCGACGCACACGGAUGCUGCCGCUCUCGUUAAGAGUACCAGCGAGUGGAGAUCAACGACGAAUAAAAGUAUGUGUUUUGAAGCAGGGGACAAGGAAGAGGGGUGUCGCUCUCGGACCCAUGUUCCUUACCUAAGCUUGGAGAAACUGAGCCAACUUUCUUACCUGGAUUGUGUGGUCAAAGAGGUGCUUCGGUUUCUUCCACCAGUGUCUGGAGGAUACAGGACAGUUCUGCAAACAUUUGAACUGAACGGUUAUCAGAUCCCGAAGGGCUGGAGCGUCAUGUACAGCAUUCGCGACACGCACGAGACUGCAGAAGCGUAUCAGAACCCGGAGCUCUUUGACCCAGACCGAUUCUGUGCAGAUAGAGACAAUAGCAAAACCGAACGCUUCAGUUAUGUGCCUUUCGGAGGCGGUGUGAGGAGAUGCAUCGGGCGGGAGCUUGCUUUGAUUGUGCUGAAAACUCUUGCGGUGGAGUUGCUCGCCACGGCAGAUUGCACUCUGGCGACGGAAACGUAUCCAAAGAUGCAGACGGUGCCAAUCGUGCAUCCGGUCAAUGGAUUGCAUGUGUUUUUUAACUACAGAACCCACGGGAUUGAGAGAAACCGGAGGGAGUCCACGCAUAUAUAAGCAGAAAACAUCAAUUAGACACUGUACCACAAAUGCACAAACGUCAAACUGUCUUUGGGAAUCAUUCGCAGCCAUAUGCAAUUUCCUUCCUGAUGUUUAUGUAAAGCAAAACAUCUGGAAAUCUGAGUGGGGUGAAAAGAUGGACCUGACACAGUCAUUAGAUAAUGCAAAGUCUUGAACUCUUGUUUGUUAGUGAACUUACAGAAAGGGUAAAUAUCCACUAGAAUGCAUUAAAAAGUUACUUAAGCCUGCCUGUGUAAAAUACUUACAAAACUGUUAGGUUUGAAUAACCAAGCCAUUUUGAUGUGCAUGAGGACAUCAAGUACUACAGAUCUUUUUAGGAGGAAAAAAAUAAUAGAAAUGCAUUUUUAUUAAUUCAUUCUUUCAUCUCAGCGUUGUAUGUGAUAUAUAAACAAAACCUGUUUUUUAAGAAAUGAAGUAGGAACACAAAUAAGCUCUAAUUAUAUUUGUAUUUUUCAAGUGAAUAGGGAUAGCUCAUUAAAUAAGAAAUAAUAUUAUGCCACUUUCUAAUUUCUAGGCCACUGUACUAUUAAAAUGACUAGUUAUCUAUAUAGUACAUGCUGUCGCUGCUGCGACUCUGUAUUCUAGUACUUACAGAAGUUACAUAUUGCUUUAAACUACUUAAAUAGGCAAGUAAUGCAUAGUUAUUUGUGUUUAUCAUGAAUGUAAGCUGUGAAAAAUGAUCUUUGCGCUGUGAACUGGGGGAUCAGUUUAAAUACAGGGAAGGAGAAAACAAGCAGCACUUUUUCUCCAAUUUAGGAGUAUAUGUGUAUUGUUGUUGUGUCAAUACUUGUGUGAGUUCCUGUGCUAAUGUUUGUGUUGUUCAGUAGUGUUCUUUAAUUUUAUAUCUUUUAUGAUAUCUAUUUUGAAAUGUGCAUUUGGAGCUCUGCUAUAUUGUUUAAGAUGUGUCUCUUCAAUAAAGAGAUUUGAUGUGUU